AUGUCAGCUGCCCUUCCCCUCCAAACCCAAACAAACGUCACCAUCUCACCUCAGAAGCCAGCAAUUGAACCGAGCCCACGCGGAGAGACACACACACAGAGUACUGCGUACACACUCACUCGACCGCUUUCACAUUGA